AUGGACCUGUGUUUGAAGUCAUCUUCACCAUUUUUGGGAAACUAUGAUUCUUGCUACGAAUCUUUCCGAGAGAAUGUGUCAUCGUGCCCUUGCGUAGAAGAUCAGACUCAAAAGGAACCGGGCGACGUCUCUAUACUAUCCAUUCUCCACGAUGUCAGUCAAAGCUAUGUUAUGUCUGGAGAUGGAUCAUCGAAAAUUUCCGCAGAGAUAGAAGAACAAAAGCGAGGCCAAGUCAUGUUCGCAAAACACGCGAUCAUAAAAGAAAAGCUUUAUCUUUUUGGAACCGGAACAAAGAUCGCGAUUCUCUUCGAAUGCAGCGUUAUUGAAAUCGCAGAAAAAUUAAUCUAUAAUCGCGAUGAACGAGCUGAGGCACUGUCCAUUACUGAAGGAUCUCAAGCUCUGAUAUGCUUUAGCGAAAAUUCCAAUGAGUGCGAGAUUUUUGAUGGGCGUACUUCUCGACGCACCCUGAAUUCCACUUUUACGCAUGAUCUUGGAGGCCUCGGCUAUUACAAAGGACAGCCAACAUCAGUCGGCUGCCAAAGUACGAACAAUAAGAAAACAGAGACUCUUACAGCUUCCGGAUGGACGACUCUUCCUGAUUUUCCAGAAAAUUACGCUAGCCAUAACCUAAUUGGCUUGAAAAAUGGUGGAAUGAUCCUUGUUGGUGGAUAUAAUGCAGUUGGAUAUUUUUCCCGAAUAUGGCAACUAAAAGACAAUAGGUGGACGAAACUUGGUGAUUUACAAACUGCACACGGUCUCGGGUCUGCAAUUUUUACGGGCAAUUCUAUCUACGUUUUUCCAGGAGGGCCGAAGACUGAAAACGAGCAUGCAAUUCAACGGAUCGAUUUUACUGCUGGAGAGGACUUCUUGCAAACACAGAUCAUCGGGUAUCAUUCUGGAUGGUACAAAUACCCAAUUCUUCUUGAAACAUCUGCUUAUUACUGUCGUUAUUAG